AGGGUUUGCACAAAACCCAUCAGGCAUACUAGUAGCUUCUUCCUCAUACUAGUGUUCAGUACUUAGCACGAGAAGGAGAAUGCAAAUGGGGAGUCUCGCAUUGGAGGGCGACAACCACGACCAGCCACUUCAGGUGGUCAUGUUCCCAUUUCUAGCCUUCGGCCACAUCUUCCCUUUUGUCCAUCUCUCGAACGCCCUUGCUGUUAAUGGCGUCAAAGUCACCUUCCUCACCCUUCCCUCCCUCGUCCCCAAGAUUCGCCUCUCCCUCGACUCUAACGUCCCCAUCCUCAGCUACAAACUUGCCCCCAUCGACGGCCUUCCCUCCGACGUCUGCACCACGAACGGCUGCAGCGAGGUGCUGGCCGAGCUACUGAGGCAGGCAAUGGACGCGACGCGACCACAGAUUGCUAAAAUACUCGCCAAACUCUCCCCUCAGGUCGUUGUCUUUGACGCCAUCCAAUGCUGGGUGCCGGAGGUGGCGGAGUUGCUCGGUAUCAAGUCCGUCUACUUUUCUAUCUUCAAUGCCAUCACCGUUGCUAGCACCAUCCUCUUCGGCUUGACACCUCACCAGAAACCAUCGCUCUGGAGGCUGAGGCUGCCGCCGAGAGAGCUGAUCUCCGUGUACCUGAGGGUGAAGCCUUAUGAGGUACGUGGCAUGCUCUCCAAUGCCCACGGCUCUGGCUCGGAGGCCUCCAACUUCAGCCGCCUGGUCUCCUCCGUGGCUCGCAGCGAUGCCAUUGCCGUGAGGAGCACCUACGAGGUGGAGGCGCCUUCGAUUAAGUACCUGUCUUCUCAAUGCCGGAAGCCGGUGCUGCCCACCGGCGUGCUCCUGCCGAAGGGCCCAGCUGGAGACCUAGAGCCGAAGCUGGCCGAGUGGCUCAACAAGUUCCCAAAGGGCACAGUUGUUUUCUGCUCUUUUGGAAGCGAGUCGUAUCUGUCGGUGAAGCAGAUGAAAGAGCUGGUUGUGGGGCUCGAGAUGACCAGAUUCCCGUUUUUGGCUGUGCUGAACACUACCGCCGACACGCCUAAGGUGAAGAAGCAAGAGUUGGAGGCGGAGAUAGGAGAGAAGGCAGGAGGAAGGGGGAUGGUGUGCAGCGGGUGGGUAAACCAGCCACUCAUCAUGAGGCAUCCGGCGGUCGGCUGCUCCAUCAACCAUGGUGGCUGGAGUUCUAUAGUGGAAGCGGCGGAGGGAGGGUGCCAGUUGGUGAUGUUACCGGUGAAGGGAGACCAGUACCCGAACACGAAGCUGAUGGUCAUGCAGCUUAGGGCAGCAGUGCAGAUCAACAGGAGAGCUUGGGAUGGGUGGUUCACCAGGAAGGCCGUAAGGAAAGCAGUGAGGGCCGUAAUGGUUGAAGGUUCGAAGAAGGGGAAGGUGGUGAGAGCCAACAACUCCAAGUUGAGGGAGAUCCUUCAGCAGGAGGGGUUGCAGGAAGACUAUACGAAGGGCUUCAUAACCAUGCUUACGGAGUUGGUAGCUUCACCAUGAAGAUGGUCAAGUUCCCAUCACGUCCAUGCAUGCAUGGGAUCUCUCUCUCUCUCUCUCUCUCUCUCUAUAUAUAUAUAUAUAUAUAUAUAUAUAUAUAUAUAUAUAUAUAUAUAGCCCUGUAAUGUUGAGUAUGCUAUUUCUCUCGCUGUCUCACUUUCUCUCUUUGUAAAACAGGUGUCAAUUCCCAUGCACGCAAGUGUGUAGUGUUUUCAAGUGUAUCAGUGGUAACAACAGUGCUGUCGUUAAAUUUCUUUACUGCAUUUAGUUCUGUGUUUUUCCCACUGUAAUUUGACGGCUUUCAACAAAAGUUGGCUACUUGGCUUCACACAAAGUCUUAAAGUGAACCAGAAAUGCAACAUCAAUUCCCUGUUGCCUUUAC